UCUCCCCUAAGGGGCCGCGCCUCAGCCCCGUCCCGCGCCUCAGUCCCUCCACGCGCAGCGCUCCCCGUCCCGCGCCAGCAGCGGCCCCGGCUUCCAAUUCACCAACUACGCCGCUGACGCUGCUCUCUCACAACAGCUACCGUCAAACGCGGUAUCUCCGCUGUUGACGUAGGAUAAGACUCUGUAUGCUUGGCUGCGUUAUUCUUAUUCACGGAGCGGGAUGUUGCGGUAACUAGAGCCUGUUGCUGUGGUAACUAGAGCACGCGGGCGCGGAAGCGCAGCGGGCAGGAGCUGCGGCGCGGGAAGCGGGACGGGCUGAGGCGGUGACAUGUUGGUGGGACAGGGCGCCUUUGAUUAUUUAGUCUAUUUUGUUUUGAAGAGAGAAGUGCAGUUGUUCAGCACUUGUUUGAACUUUGCAGCUGGGUUUCUCUUCGUUGUUUUGGCAGAGCAGUUCGCCGCGCUGGCGGUUGUGUUUCUGUCAGCUGCGCCGUUUUCCUUACUGAGAGAAGGGGGAGGUCGGCCGUUACCGAUUCUGUCAAAAGUUAACGGAUUCUGAGGGCGGGUUUAAAAAAAUGGUUUUUUUUUAAAAAAAAAAAAAAAACCUGACCUUUUGCUUGCUUUUGCUUUAUUUUUUGAUCCCCUUGUCUGGUUCAGGACAUUGAACUACUUCACUUUGAUGCUUUGAAAAACAUUCCCUCUCUCACCUUGCAAUAUUAAGCUUGCUUUCUCUCUCUCUUCCCCCUCCCCUCUUUAUUAUUUUUUUUACAGUGCAGAGAAUUAAACCAGAGAAGACAAUUCAGCUGAUGAACAGACAUUAAUGCUGAGGACCACAAACCAUUUCUGCCUCUUUCAUAGCUUCCUAACAAUGAACAUGUGCUAAAGUAGCUCUUCUGGGACACAGAACACCAUAAAAAGUCAGUAGUAGUCCUUUUGGUACAUUAUCUGUCCAGUCACCACGUACAGUCGUUCUGGAGUAGUUUUAGGGAGAGGGAGAAUCCUUCCCAGGAAAAUUCAGGAUGGCACAUGCUCGUAUAUCAGCCAACCUCCCCCCUAAUAUAGAUCCUACAAAAGCUCCUAUUGCUUUUGGAAGGAGGGCCCUUCCUAAACUGAAUGAAGAGUUACAGUCUCCUGAGCUGCUGACUCAGCAGCGGGCAUUGAUGGCGCUCUGCGAUUUGGUCCAUGACCCACAAAAGGUCUACCAGGCACUAGAAUUAGGAGUUUUGAAUAACCUGAAGACUUUGCUGGUACAUCAGGACAGUACUGUCCGACAAAAAACAACAGAAAUCCUCCAUAUAAUGACAACACAUAAUGUUGGCAGGCAUGGGCUGAUACAAAAUGGAGUGAUUUCUGCCCUUGCUGAGCUCUUGGAUGAUCCAGUAGAUAUCUGUCGGAAGAACACACAUCUCGUUUUUGAAUAUAUGUCAAAAUUAACUGAAGGCGCUGUUGGCAUACUGCAUGCCGGUUUGAUUCCCCUACUUGUAUCCAAACUGAAGAACGAGUUGGAGGAAAUCCAGGAGCUAAUCCUUGGUACACUCUCCAACUGUCUGCGUGUGGAGGCUUCUGAAGCUCUAGCAGCUGAUGCCGUCACUGUCCUGAAGGAAAAGCUCACAUGCUCAUCAGUGGCCAUCAGAAGCAAAGCAGCUUGGGUCCUCUUAGAAAUCAGUACUCAUCCAGAAGGGAAAAAUGAGGUGUGUGAAGAAGUUAUUCCUGUGCUGGUGAGCCUGCUUGAAGAUGCAGAUCCUGAAGUCCAAGCCAGUGCAACAGGAGCACUGAUGUUUGCUACUAUCAAACCUCAGGGGCGAUUCUCAGCCCUAGGGGCUGAAGCCAUCCCACCUUUGCUGAAGCUGGCUGCUGAGGAAGGUGGCAAAGCCCGGCUGAGUGCCAUCAAAGCCCUCACCAUGCUGGCUGAGCUACCAAAGGGCCGCCAGACGCUCCUCAACCAUUUAGACACGUUUCAGCAGUGUCUGAAGGAUCCCAGCAAGGCAGUGGAAAGAGCUGCCAAAACUGCCAUCAGUGUCAUCCAGUGGAAACCUUACUGAAGAUGUAAAGUUUCCUAGAGAUCUGUUGCCCUCUGUUGUUGUCUGGCUGUAAAAGUUGCAUGAUUAUAUAAGCCCUUCCUUCAAAA